AACGAAGAGCAAAGCGGGGGGCCUAAUAAACAGAAACAGAGCACUGGUCGCCCACAAAAUAUUGGGCUGGUCCUUGGAAAGGUCAAAAUGGCUUCUCUAAGAAGCCAGGCCAGGAAAAAGCAAAUGGAGUCAGAGGAUACAGCAGAGGUAGAACUUGCAGAGGCAGUAACUUCUCGACAAACGGAUAGCCUCAUAGCUCGUCGGAAGGGAAUGAACACUUUGCGACGCGUUUCCGGCUGGAUACAGAAGAAGAUCCCUAAGAGUAUCAACCUUCGGGCAAAAAUAACUGCUGUUUCUCGGGCCAUCAGCAUCUCCAAGUGGCUCACUGCUCAAGCUCUGAAACGGCAGAACAGCACCACAAGCUCCAAGAAAAGCCUCUUCCGUCGAAGGAUGGCUAUGCGUAUUGCUAGUACCACUAGCCUGAAGAAAAAGGCAGAAUUGCCGGAAUCAGAAGCAAAGUUAGCCAAGGAGAUGAAAGCUAAUCCUCAGGAAGACCAGGAGUCUGAGGCACAGGAAGACUCAUCUGAUGAUGACAGUUCAUCAAAAAAGGUCUGCGACAGUCAGAGUGAAGCAGAGGAGAAGAAUCCAGGAGAUGCCAAAUACGCCAUUGUGUUUCCCAGAAUGCACAGAAUCGGCAAGGCCAAAGGAGGUUCACCUGCUUCGACCAUGAGCACCACCAGUGCCACCACAGAGCCAAAGCGCGUACCCCCAAAACCAGGUGCCCGUCUGGUCCUCCCCGUGAAGCCUGACUUGACAGUCCUGAAGUCCGUAAAAAAGAAUAUUACUCAGAAAGAACCUGUCAGGAAUGUUGGCCCAACUGGGAAUGCUGGGGAGAAAGAACCACAAAGGACUGUGGAGAGUAGACAGGCUGUAAUAGAUGAGAAAGAGGGGCUUAGUGUUUUGCAGGCAGCUAAGGGAAAACUAGGUCCCGCACAGUUAAAACUUACCAAACUAAAUAUGCCCAAACCUAUGUCUGGAACUGGAUUGACUUUGGUACAGGGCAACAAUGAGAAUGACAAAGAGAAGCCGGGUGGUAUUGCUGUGGAGGCUGAGGUGAAUGGGCAGAUGCACGUGUCCUCCUUCUAUGAAGAGGAGGCAGACCGGGAGGUGGCGCAGCUGAUGGGAGAGGGUGUUUUGCCCUCAUCGAGGGAGGUGCACUGGGCACAGGGCCGCCCACUGCGCAGUGACCCCAAUGACUGGCUACGAGCAGAAACUCUUCUGCCCCACCAAACUGUGGAAAAGCUUAGCAAGUGGACCGCACCCCAGGAGACUGAACCGAACCCAUACUACCAUGGCAGGGGACCCUGGGAGGCAGAGGAUGCUAGUCAGAACAUGCUGGAGAGCCGGCUCAGCAAAACUCAGGUGCAGAUGCCAGGGAGCACCCAGGCCAUGGAAGUGGACGAGGUGGAGGACCUGUCACAGCUGGAAGAGGUUUGUGAGAGCUCUGUGCUGCUGAACCUAAAGAAGCGAUUCCAUCGAGACUUCAUUUACACCUACAUUGGGAACAUGCUACUGUCAGUCAAUCCCUUCAAGCCCCUCAGUAUCUACACAGAGGAGCUGAGCCUUCAAUACCAGGGGAAGGAGCAUCGGCGGAACCCACCUCAUGUUUAUGCCAUUGCGGACUCUGCCUUCAGCCUGUCACAGAACUCCACCCAGGAGCAGUGCAUUGUCGUUAGUGGACAGAGUGGUUCUGGAAAGACAGAGGCCACCAAACUGAUUGUACAGUACCUGAGCAUCAUGUACCAGGGCAAAGCUGAGAGCCUUCGUCAGCCCAUGGAAGUCUUACCCAUUCUGGAGAGCUUUGGCAAUGCCAAGACCAUCCUCAACAACAACUCCAGUCGGUUUGGCAAAUACCUGCACAUCCACAUUCGUCAUGGUGUUGUUGUGGGGACCUCGCUGUCACAGUACCUCCUUGAGAAAUCGAGAAUUGUCUUUCAGGCCAACGGAGAGAGAAACUACCAUGUCUUCUAUGAGUUGUUGGCUGGGAUGAAUCAAUGGGACAAGCAGGAUCUUUAUCUGCAAGGAGCAGAAACCUACUAUUACCUCAAUCAGGGCGGAGCUUGUGAGCUGGAGGGGAAGUGGGACAAGCAGGAUUUCCUGCUGCUGGUCCAAUGCAUGGAGACAAUUGGUUUGCACCCAGAUCAGCUCUCCACUAUAUGGGCUAUGCUGUCCUCUAUCCUGCAGCUUGGGAAUAUCUGUUUCAGUUCCUAUGAGAGCGAGUCUUUUGAGGUGGCGAGGAUCUUCAGCGAGGCUGAGGCACGGCGUGUGGGCAGUCUGCUGCAGGUGUCUGCGGAGGCUCUACAGACCGUCAUCACACACCGUGUCACGGAGACAACCUAUGAUAGAAUCUACAGCCCCCUGUCUGUGGAAAGUGCCAUAGAAGCAAGGGAUGCCAUUGCCAAGGCCCUAUACACUGUGCUGUUUGAUUGGGUGCUCGACCGCAUUAAUGAGUGGCUGAUCCCCACUGAGAUGGACAGCACUGUGGGCAUUGUGGACAUAUACGGGUUUGAGGACCUGGGGGUAAACAGUUUUGAGCAGCUCUGCAUUAAUUUUGCAAAUGAACAGCUUCAGCAGUUUGUGAACAAGGCAGUUUUGACCCAGGAGCAGGAGGAGUACAGAGCAGAGCAGAUCCAGUGGUACCCCAUGCCUCUCCAGGACUUCAAUUCCUGCGUGGACCUCAUCUCUGCCCGGCCACACGGCAUCCUCCGCAUCCUGGACGACCAGACGUGCCUCCCCCAGGCCACAGACCACACCUUCCUACAGAAGUGCCACUAUCACCAUGGAAACAGCCCCUACUACUCCAAGCCCAAAAUCCCCUUGCCUGUUUUCACAGUGUACCACUAUGCUGGAGCUGUCACAUACCAGGUGCACAAUUUCCUCAACAAGAACCACGAUCAGUUCCGCCCAGAGGUACUGGAGCUCUUUGCUCGAAGUAGACUGAAGAUGGUGUCCAGCAUGUUCCUCAAAGUGCAGGAGCGGUACCAUCAGCAGAAGGAGCUGGGCUUCAGGAGCAGAGGCCCCCGCCCGCAGGCCGCCACCGUCGCCGCCCACUUCCAGCAGUCACUCACUGAGCUGAUCACACGACUGGAGAGGUGUAAAACUACCUUUGUCCGCUGCUUUAAGCCCAACUAUAUGAAGCUGCCGGGUAUAUUUGAUUUGGACUAUAUGAUGUUGCAGCUGAGGCAUGCUGGGAUAUUGGAGACUAUUCACAUCCGGAAGGAAGGAUUCCCUAUUCGCAUUCCUUUCAGCUUAUUUAUGGAGAGGUAUGGUGUUCUCCUGACUCAGCGCCCAGCUGACCAAUCAGAGAAGGAACAGGUUGCCGCCCUGCUGAAUACCAUUCCAGGAUCAGAGGAUGGACAGUACCAGCUAGGGCUUACAAAGGUGUUCCUGAAGGAGGCGCUGUUCCACCAGGUGGAGGACCGCUGGAGCAGCACCCAGACGUGGGCUGCCAUCACCAUCCAACGCAACAUCCGUGGCUUCAUCUGCCGCCGCAACUUCCGUUUCUUCAAGCAGAAGGCCAUCGUUCUCCAGUCGCACAUCCGGGGACACCAGGCACGGAAGUACUACAAGAGGUUGAAGCAGUCCUUCACUCAGUUCUGGGCAACCAUGAUGAUCACCAGAAACACCAUCAAGAGGAAGCAUAAAGCGGAACACAAAGCAAGGAACAGAGUGACUGAGAGCCAGCCCCAGUCCACAGCCCCGUCUCGCACCGCAGGCAUGGAUGUGGGAAUGUUGGAGAUUCCGGCCGAGCUGUCUGUCAGACUGCGGAAUGUGGCAGGGCGGCAGCAAGGCUCAGGUGUCACAGAGGUGGCUCCCCCGCAGGUCAAAGCAGAGCACGACCUCUCCCUGUCCCCUGAUAUCAACCAGUUCCCCUUCUCACAAUAUGCCAAGACAACCUUGAAGGAUGGAUGGUGCCAAGCCCAAGGCUAUCCUCUGAAGAGGCCCCUCACCUCCCUUGACCACGAGGAUGCCCGUAUAGCCUUGGAGAUAUACAAGCUGAUCCUGCGCUUCUCUGGGGACUCUGAGCUUACAGGGUGGCAGGAGCAGGUGCUGGGGAACUACAUUAUGGAAAAGGGGCAGGAGCGGCCCUCCCUCAGGGACGAGAUCCUGGCCCAGCUGGCCUACCACACGUGGGGGCGGGAGAGCGAGGAGGUGGCCUUGAGGGGCUGGAUGCUGAUGGCCAGUUGCCUGAGUGCCUUCACUCCCUCCCCAGGCCUGGACAAGCCGCUGCUCAAGUACGUUUCCGACCAGGGCCCUGGAGAAUACCGAUCCCUCUGUCAACACAAGCUGCUCACUGCCCUGCAGCUCCCUGCCCCUGCCUGCAGGCUCCACCCACCCUCCCAGCUGGAGUGGACAGCCAAUCAGAGAAAGGGGAAGAUGGUACUGGAAGUCAAUACCUUCAACGAUGAGAAGCUAACUGCGGAGGUGGAGUCCUGGACCACUGGGGAACAGCUUGCUUCUUGGCUCCUCAGGUUCAGAGGUCUGCAGGAGGCUCCUCGCGGCUGGUCAGUGUCUCUUCUGGCUGGAGAGGGCUGGAGUGACCUCACUGGCUGUGACUUCGUCAUGGACCUGCUUGCCGGAGUGGAGGCGGAUGUCCCUUACGCACAGUCCCCUGCACCUUCUGGGUACCUCUUUAGCAGCAAUGGGGAAAUGAUGAUGAACGCAGAUCUGGAUGACUUCAUCCCCCCUGCCCCCUCCAUGCAGGCCCCAGGCCUCCCCCCCUCUGCUGGAGCUGCCUGGGACAGCACAUACCCCCCCAUGAUGGGAGGCUCCAGGGGUGGACAGAUUGACGCCUAUGUGGAUGACCUUUUCGACCCUGUGCUGGACCAGGGUCCUCCGGAUAUGGAUCGGAUGGCCAUGCUGAACAGGCGAAUGAGAGGAGGUGGUGGUAUAGGCCCCAUGCAGCCUGGAGUGUACCCAGGAGCAGGAAUGCCAGUUGCCCCUAUGAUGCCCGGUUAUCCUGCCAUGUCCAUGAUGCCAGCAGCAGGCGCUAUGCCUAUGAUGCAGGCCAUGCCACAGAUGAUGAUGCCAGCUGCCAUGCCCCCACCUGCACCAGUCGUGGAUCCCCAGCAGGUGGCAGCACAGCAGCAGGCCUUUAUCAACCAGCAGGCCAUGCUCAUGGCCCAGCAGAUGACCCUCCAGGCCAUGACGCUGUCUCAGCAGCAGCAGCAGGAGCAGAUUCAGAGACAGCAGCAGGAGCAGAUUCGGAGACAGCAGCAGCAGAGUUUCCAACCACUGCAGCAGCAGCCGCCCCCCCCGACACCAGCGCCCCAACCGCCUUCCCCCAGACUGGCCACACCACCUGCUGCCACCAAUCCGCCACCUGCCCCCAAAAGGAUCCCGCCCCCCCCUUCUACCACCAGCCAAGAGGAAAUGGACCCAGAUGAGCUGGAAUCAUUCAGGGAGAAGAGGGAGUUUUUCCAGAGAAUUGGAUCACAGGAUCCCAGUGUGAGGAGACAGGUCAGCCCCAAAGCUCAGAAGCCACAGCCAGCGCCCAUCAACCAGCCUGAGAGGAGCCCCCCAGCAGAGCCACCGAGACCUCCCUCACCAGAGAAGGAAAAAGUGAAUCCCUCACCCCCAGUGAAAGAAAACAGAAACUCUGAACAAAAAGUACCACGCCCAGUUCCUGCUCCUAAACCCGAACCCAGCAGAAAUAUCCGGGAAAUCAUUAAGCAGUACCAGAACCGCCCCGCUGCGGAACCCAAAGCUUUCGAGCCUGUCAGAGUUCCUGUCAAAUCCUUUGUGAAAAAGAAUGACCCUAAAGAGGAGGCCCUGGCCAUUCUGAGGGCAAAGGGCCCAGUUGCACCCAUGCCGAAGCGACAGUACGACCCUCCAGUUCCGCCAAAAAAACAGGCCACCCCACCCGGCAACUCUCGGGGGCCGCGCUCCAUCUCCAACAGCAUGAAGCAGAAGCAGCGGUCGCUGGCUGACCUCUUUGGUUCCAUCCACUCAAAAACCCCGCCCCCUGCUCCUGACUCGAUCCCACCACCCCCACCCAGCAUCCCUGACCAACCACCUGCUUCUGCCCCAGACAAUCUCAGCAGGCUGGCCGAUGAUGAGAGCGUCCGCUCACAGCUUCAUAGGUUCUCAGCCAGUGUGUACUUCUCCUACGCCAGCAUGCCCGGCAAGCUGUUCCUACGCAAAGAGGUCUUCUACCCCAGAGAGAAGUUUAACUACCCGUACAUUCUCAAUUUACUGUGUGAACAGAUUAUGCGGGAUACCUAUUCUGAUACAUGUGUGCGAAUCUCUCGUGAGGAAAGACGCAAAAUGAAGGACCUGUUGGCUGGCUUCCACGUGGGCACCAGUAUCAGCUCAGUGCAGGAUGACUCAAUGAAGAAGAGGAUUGUGAUGGCGGCCCGUGACAACUGGGAAAACUACUUCUCCCGUCUCUUUCCUGUGGUGGGUGGGAGUGGAGAGGAUACUCAGCUACUGGGGGUGUCUCACCGGGGGAUUCGACUUCUGCGAAUAGUCAAGGCAUCGGGCAUCAACCCAAAACACCUCAAGGUGCUACGCAGUUACAGCUAUGCAGAGCUGCUGUCUGUGGAGGAGAGAGGGACAGACAUGGUGGAGUUCUCUCUGAGGAACGAUCAGCUGCAGCUGCAGUCCCCCCGAGCCCCGCAGAUCAUCGCCAUGGUGCGCCUCUUCCUCAGCGAGCUCCUCAAGGAUUCUGAUCACGUGGUAGCGCUGAAAAGCUAUGUGACGGACGACAAGAGCCUUCUGAGCUUCCAGAAGGGUGACAUCAUCAAGCUGCUGCCCAUGGAAGGGUUACAAGCAGGGUGGAAGUUUGGCUCCAUCGGGGGACGCUCAGGCCUGUUCCCCUCAGAGUUCACGCAGCCGGCUGCACCCCCGGACUACCACGGCGCCCACAUGGACCGCCGAGAUGAGCGCAGGAAGAGCAGGAGGACGGAGGCUGCCCCGUCCGGGUCCCAGCUUUCUGCCAACGCUGCCCGACCGGAGCACAGCCCCGAGGGGUCAGCGCUGGGGUCCGACAGCGACGGCCAGCUCUACACCAUGACUGAGUUUGCCAUGAAGUACUUCAGAGAGGCUGUUACCAAACUGGGCUGGAAAGGUUUAAGUGCUGAGGGAAGGAGCAGCUCAGAGAUGGUCCAGUACAUUAAGGUUCCCAUCCAGGAGUCCCUCAUCUAUUACACUGACAAUGAGCUGAAUGAACUGGCUGCACAGUGCUUCACGAAUAUGAUGCGGUUCAUGGGAGACCAGCCCUUGCUCAAGCACCAGUCAGAGGGAGACUGCGUUAACAGUAUCCUACAUCUGGGGAAGGAGAAGGAGAUGCUGAGGGACGAGAUCUACUGCCAGGUCAUCAAGCAGACGACCCUCAACCCGCAGAAAGAAAGUUGCACUCGUGGCUGGCGCUUGCUGAGCUUGGUGACGGGUUUUUUCCCCUGCUCGAGUACCCUAAAGCCGUACGUCUCCCACCACCUUCAGGACAUCAGCAGAGAUCGGGACCACCCCUACCAAGAGCUCUCGCGCUCCUGUGAGGAAAAUCUCAAGCGUUCUCUCAUCCACGGCGGCCGGAGGCACGUCCUCUCCCAAGCAGAGAUGGAAGCCAUUUUGGCUGGCAGAAACUCGAGGCGCCUGCCCAUCAUACUACCUGGGGGAGUGGAGUUUCCCUGCAAGGUCCGCAGCUUCAGUGUGGCACUAGAGGUGGUGAUGGAGCUAUGCACAGAGAUGGGUAUAAAGAAAAUUUCAGAGGUGAAAGAAUUCUCUGUCCAUGCCAACCGGGGUAAAGGUGAGUUGUUGCGCCUAAUCCAUCCAGAUGAGUACCUGUUUGACUUCCUGCUAGACGACAACUCCAUCAACCUCUCCUUCCGACGGGUGAUCUGGAAUCAGCCCCUGCACUUUGACAACGACCUCUACAUUGAGUUCCACUACCAGCAGGUACUGGCUGAUUACCUGGAUGGAAAGAUUUUGCUAACAGAAAAUAGUUCAACUAUUCACCAUCAGAUGGCAAACUUUGCUGCUCUCCAGCACCUGGCCUUGGGACUAAACAAUGCUCCCUCACAAAGUGCAUUGAAGGAGUACCUCCCUCAACCAGACAAGGGCAAUAUAAACCUUCAUCAAAUUCAUUCUGCAACACUUAACCAACUGGCCGCCAUAGGCAACUUCAGCCCUCGUGACGCCAAAACACGGUUUCUUGAAACGGUCAGCUCUCUGCGUUUCUUUGGCUUCAACAUCUUCCAGGCCCAGAAGGUCAGUCAUUAUGACUGCCCUUCACCGUGCAUCAUAGCCGUCAACCACGAGGGCAUCUUCUUCUCGAACCCUAAAACUCAGGAGUUUGUUUUGAAAAUAUCCCUGAUUGACGUGCAGUCUCUUCGCACAAUGAGUCCCAAAAAAGAAAAAGUGCCGGCGGUGGAGAUCAGUCAUGGCCACCCAUCCAACCCAAAAACCAUCACCAUCUAUCUCAAACAGGCCAAGGCACUCUGCCACACCAUUGCAAUGAUCAUGGAUGAGCUGGUGCGGCCCCCAGUCAGCAGCUCCAUAUCCAGUGCCCGUUCACUGACACUCCGCUAAGCGCUGUCCUGUAGCUCUGUUCCUCCAACACCUGCUGCAUGGACUCUCAGCCCAACCCUGCCGGUACUGACCACCCUGUUCACCAAAAAACCUGGCAGGCAAAAGGGAGCUGCAUUGCUAACGAGUGUUGCUAGAUACUGCAGAUGACACACACUACUGUUAAUAAAUACUUAUGUUUCCUAUAUGCUGCUACUGCUAAUGACCUGCUAUCAUUGCUACCUUUGUAAAUUCACACUGCAACAAAUGACAUUUUUUGUUGUUGAUUAUUUAACAAAGAAGUCUUAUGUCGUAGCUCCAAGGCUAUCUUUGACAUCAGUAUAUAACUUUAAAUUGUGAAUGAUCUAAAACAAAUCUAUGAUGCUUGAAAAAAAUGUACACAUUUAUGAGAGGUCAUUAGUACAUUAAACAUGUCCAGCAAUCAAGAAGUUAAUCAUACAGUCUUCAAAUUCAAUUUUAUCUUGUCAAACGAUGGUUUGUGGCACCACAAUUUUGCUAAAUUCAUACCCAAUAAAGUUUGAUGAUAAAUAAU